AUGGCGAUGACCGCCAUAGCCUCCCCGUCGUCCAGGACCCUGAUCCCUCCGCGCCACCACGGCGCCGCGCCCUCCCCGUCCACCUCCAGCGACUCCUCGCUCCGCCUCCUCCGCUCGCACCCGCGCCACGGCCGGAGCAGCCGCGGGGUGUCCGUCUCCACGCCCGCGGCGCGGAGCCGGCCGUUCGUCUUCUCCCCGCGCGCGGUGUCCGACUCCAAGAGCUCCCAGACCUGCCUGGACCCCGACGCCAGCACGAGUGUUCUUGGAAUCAUUCUCGGAGGUGGUGCUGGCACUAGAUUGUACCCUUUGACAAAGAAGCGUGCCAAGCCUGCAGUGCCAUUGGGUGCCAACUAUAGACUGAUUGAUAUUCCUGUCAGCAAUUGUCUCAACAGCAACAUAUCCAAGAUCUAUGUGCUAACACAAUUCAACUCUGCUUCCCUCAACCGUCACCUCUCAAGAGCCUACGGGAGCAACAUCGGAGGGUACAAGAAUGAAGGGUUCGUUGAAGUCUUAGCUGCACAGCAGAGCCCAGAUAAUCCAAACUGGUUUCAGGGUACUGCAGACGCCGUAAGGCAGUACUUGUGGUUGUUUGAGGAGCAUAAUGUGAUGGAGUUUCUAAUUCUUGCUGGUGAUCACCUGUACCGAAUGGACUAUGAAAAGUUCAUUCAGGCACACAGAGAAACGGAUGCUGAUAUUACUGUUGCUGCCCUACCGAUGGAUGAGGCACGCGCAACUGCAUUUGGCCUCAUGAAAAUCGACGAAGAAGGGAGGAUCAUUGAGUUUGCUGAGAAACCGAAAGGAGAGCAGUUGAAAGCAAUGAUGGUUGACACCACCAUACUUGGCCUUGAUGAUGUAAGGGCAAAGGAAAUGCCUUAUAUUGCUAGCAUGGGUAUCUAUGUUUUUAGCAAAGAUGUAAUGCUUCAGCUCCUCCGUGAACAAUUUCCUGGAGCCAAUGACUUUGGAAGUGAGGUUAUUCCAGGUGCAACAAGCAUUGGAAAGAGGGUUCAGGCUUAUCUGUAUGAUGGUUACUGGGAAGAUAUCGGUACCAUUGAGGCAUUUUAUAAUGCAAACUUGGGAAUAACCAAGAAACCAGUACCAGAUUUCAGCUUCUAUGACCGUUCUGCUCCAAUCUAUACACAACCUCGACACCUGCCACCUUCAAAGGUUCUUGAUGCUAAUGUGACGGACAGUGUUAUCGGUGAAGGAUGUGUUAUUAAAAACUGCAAGAUACACCAUUCUGUAGUUGGACUCCGAUCUUGCAUAUCUGAAGGUGCUAUCAUAGAGGACACUUUACUAAUGGGUGCGGACUACUAUGAGACUGAAGCUGACAAGAAACUCCUUGCCGAAAAUGGUGGCAUUCCCAUUGGUAUUGGGAAGAAUUCACACAUCAGAAGAGCAAUCAUUGACAAGAAUGCUCGAAUUGGAGACAAUGUGAAGAUACUCAAUGCUGACAAUGUUCAAGAAGCUGCGAGGGAGACAGACGGGUACUUCAUCAAAGGUGGAAUUGUCACAGUGAUCAAGGAUGCUUUACUCCCUAGUGGAACAGUUAUAUGA